AAUCAAUAUGCGACAUAAAAGUUGUAUUUACAGUUUUUGCUGCCAUGUGUAGUUUUCAUGGGUGGUUUUACUUGAUUGCAAAAAACGCAAUGCGAGAUGCUAAAAGUGCCGUCCGCUCACAACAAUACACCAAACUAUCUUGACUAAAAAGAAAUGUGAAAGCUUGGAGACUGAAGAAGCAAGAAACUACAAUGUGUGAUUUACAGCUUUGAAUUAAAAAAGGCCUGUAUUACCCUGCACCAUGUCCAAGUUAAAAAUGGUUUGGGCAAGGCAGCAUAUUAAGAAAAAGAGUUUUCGCAGCAGAAAGAAGAAUCGUACAUCUUCCAAAAAACAUGCCACGUUACAGUUCUGGUUGUGGAAAAAACGCAACGAAGCUUCCAUUUUGCGAAGAUCCAGAAUCAAUGGACGAAUGCUUAAGAACAUUCAGGGCUUGCGUCCACGGAUGCCUUUUAAAACAAAAAGAGUUAUAAGGAAAACCAAAACGGUACCAUCAACAGAUCUCACAACAUUUCAGGCCCCUACUGUUAUGGACAAUGGAACUACUGAAAAGAAGGUUGAAAUGUGCAACGUCAAUGGUAGCAUUUUAAAUCAUCAUGAUGUUCAUUCAGUGUCAUCAGAUGCAGAAGUUUCUGAUGACUCUAUUGACUUUAAAAAAGAUUUGUCCAAAUGUUCCCACAAUGUUCCUGGUGAAUGUUUGCACACAGUAGAGCUUGAACUUAACUCAGACGUUGAAGUGGUUCUUGCCAAAGAAAACAAAUAUAUUUCUGUAAACUCUGGAAAUCCACAUAAAGUUAUCUCAAAGAAUAUUCGAGAGUUUCUUAAUGACUUUCAUAAAAAAUAUGGAAGUUUUAUUCCCCUAGAAAAGAGUGAUUUAUUAAAACACCUUAAAAAAGAGGAAUCUAUCAAAGACUUAAAGGACUAUGAAAUCAUGGUUUUGGAGAUAACCAUAGAAGAAUUGGCAAAAAUGUUUAAUACUGUCCCUUAUUUUGAAGUGAAAUACAAAAAGCACAUACUGACAUUGGAUGACUUGUCAACACUGGCCGAUGCAAAUUGGUUAAAUGACCAGGUGAUUAACAUGUAUGGGGAACUUAUAAUGGACUCUGCACACUCUGAGGUCCAUUUUCUCAACAGCUUUUUUCACAGACAACUCUUAACUAAGGGAUAUGAAGGGGUCAAGAGGUGGACAAAGCAGGUUGAUUUGUUUUCAAAACGUUUGGUUCUGGUGCCUGUACACCUCAAGGUUCAUUGGUGUCUAGUGACCGCAGACUUUGUUAAGAAGAAAGUUUGCGUGUAUGACUCCCAAGGAAUUGGUGUCGAGAAAGUAGCGAGGCCCAUUCUGAAAUACUUGUUAAAAAAAGCAAAAGAGAAGAAGCAAACAGAAUUUGAAGAAGGCUGGACAGUGUCUUUGGCUGAGGAAAUUCCACAACAAACUACUGAGAAUGAUUGUGGCGUAUUUGUAUUAGAGUAUUCUAGAUGCCUCACACUGUCUGCACCUCUGCACUUUUCUCAAGGGGAUAUACCAAAGAUACGAAAGAGAAUCUACAAAGAGCUCUGUGAGUGUAAGCUGCAGUGUUAAGAAUUGUUCAAAUACUCAUCCAACCUUUGUAUGAAGUAGGUGCACAAAAUGUAUAUUGCAGCUAGUUGAUAAAGAUGUUUUGUCAUUUCUUAUACAGUCUAUGGUUAUAAGCAGUGAACAAGUUAUGAUUUGUUUACAGUUUACACUGUUUUUGAAGGCAGCCUUUCAUCACAUAUUGUAUGUUUUAUGCUGUAUGUUGAUUUAUUAGAAUUUGAUGUCCAGAACAGGUUUGAUUUAAUCUGUUUGAUGGUUUAAUAAAUUGUUGAGUUGAAAAACA